AUGAACUAUAAACAAACAGUCUAAAAGCAAACAGAUCGAUCGAGCUUUAUUAUUAUUUAUCAAGGAAAAUAAAACUUGAAUCCCCAUUUAUUAAUUAAUUAAAGUGUCUUGUAAAGACUUUGUAGCUAGAGGGGGGAAAAUGGUUAAGGAACGAAAUUUUCAAAACCAAACGAAUAUCCAUUUUGUCGAUAUACAUGAAGUACCCGAAGAAGAGGAAGAAGAAGAAAACCAAGCUAAUAACAAAAUGGCUGAAAAACUACCUGAGAAACGGUUACACAGGCCACACAUGAUGAAGCUUCGAGAUGGCAAAAGCAGAAGUAACGCUCACAGAAGUUUCAGCAGGCAAGUUUCGUUAGAAACAGGUGUGUCGAAGCUUAACAAGGCACAUAAUGAGAUGAAAGCGUUGCCACGAAGUGGCAAGAGUUUUGGUGGUUUUGGUUCGUCUCAUGGAGUUGAUCAGAUGAAUAAUAAUGGCAAGAGAUCAGGUGAGUUUAAUAUGUUCAGGACGAAAUCGACUUUAGGAAAGCAGAAUUCUUUCAUGUUACCGUUGAGGAAAGAAAGUGGGGUUGAUCAUCAGUUUCAAAAGAAGGGCGAGGAAGGUGUCGGGCUUCUGGAUGAAUCUUUUGAUAAGAGUGUUCCUGCUGGUAGAUACUUUGCUGCUCUUACAGGACCUGAACUUGAUCAAGUCAAGGAUACUGAAGACAUUCUGCUACCUAAAGACAAACAAUGGCCAUUUCUGCUUCGAUUUCCAAUUGGUUGUUUUGGUAUGUGUUUAGGCCUCAGCAGCCAAGCAAUACUAUGGCACAACCUCGCAAUCAGUCCAUCCACCAAGUUUUUACGCAUCCCGCCAUAUAUCAACCUUGUCCUUUGGAUCUUAGCACUAGCUGUACUCGUAUGUGUCACGACCACCUACCUCCUCAAGUGCAUAUUCUACUUUGAAGCCAUUAGACGCGAAUACUUCCACCCUGUGCGUAUCAACUUCUUUUUUGCCCCAUGGGUGGUCUGCAUGUUUCUAGCCAUAGGGGCUCCACCUAUGAUAGCUCAAAAGCCUCUCCAUCCUGCCCUAUGGUGCGCCUUCAUGAUUCCUUAUUUCCUUCUUGAGCUCAAAAUCUACGGCCAAUGGCUUUCUGGAGGGAAGAGAAGGCUUUGCAAAGUGGCUAACCCUUCUUCUCAUCUAUCAGUUGUGGGAAACUUUGUUGGGGCAAUUUUGGCUGCGAAAGUUGGAUGGGAAGAAGCCGGGAAGUUUCUUUGGGCGGUUGGUUUUGCCCAUUACCUUGUGCUUUUUGUGACAUUGUAUCAGAGGUUGCCAACUAGUGUGGCACUGCCUAAGGAGCUGCAUCCUGUGUAUUCCAUGUUUAUUGCCGCUCCAUCCGCUGCUAGUGUUGCUUGGGAAGCUAUCUAUGGGGAAUUUGAUGGAUCUGCAAGAACUUGCUACUUCAUUGCACUGUUCCUCUACAUGUCUCUCGUUGUGCGCCUAAAUUUCUUCACAGGAUUCAAGUUUUCGGUAGCAUGGUGGUCUUACACAUUCCCGAUGACUACAAUUUCAGUUGCAGCAAUCAAAUACUCGGAAUACAUGCCUAGUUUUCAAAGCAAGGGGAUCGCACUGACUUUAUCGUUUCUCUCGUCAGCCAUGGUGUUGGUCCUAUUUAUCUCUACCUUACUCCAUGCCUUUGUUUGGCAAACAUUGUUCCCUAACGAUCUUGCCAUUGCAAUUACCAAGACUAAACAUAUUAAAGAGAGAAAACCAAUGAACCUCAAGCGGUGGGCAAAGCAGUCGUUGGUAUCAAUCAGAAAGAACAAUUCAGCAGAUAAGCACACACUCGAGAUUGAAUAGCUAAAUCAAUCUAUAGCUUGUGAUAUUCAUACAAGUGUAUUAAACAAUUGCAAAGUAUCACGAAAUGCAAAUAGUAGUUUUAUUGUAA